AUGGUCCACAUCCCUGGAGCAAGACACAAAGCUGUGGAUGCCAUCUCACGCCACCCAACGGGCUCAACAACCCCUGAAAUGAUGACGCUGCCUGACGACAUAGCUACCAUCGAUGCCUCCAACAGCCCUCACCCAGCCAACGCUGCCCUCGCAAGCCUUCGCACUAGGGAGCCACCAGAAGAAUCCUGCUCCUACGGGAUCGACAAAGAGCUGGUAUCCUCAGCCACAUCCACCCUCAACACCAUGGCCGUUACCUGGGAGACGGUGAAACUAGAAACCACCAGCGACCCAAAUCUCCACUCCCUGACCGCCAUCAUUGAGUCCGGCUUCCCAGAAGCGCAGUACGACCUCGCCCCAGCACUCCAAGAAUACCACAGAUUCCGGCACGACCUCCACACCAUCGAUGGAGUCAUCCUUUACAAGGAUCGCAUCGUCAUUCCCCCAACCCUACGAGAGGUGAUACUUAAAGCACUCCACUCUGCACACCAAGGCGUGACAUCCAUGACUGCCCGCGCCGAGUCAUCAGUCUUUUGGCCAGGAAUCACACCUGCCAUUGUCGCCUUACGGGAACGAUGCUCCUACUGUAACCGCAUAACACCUUCACAGCCAAGCGCCCCACCCUACCCACCAAUACUGCCAGCCUACCCAUUCCAAUGCAUCUGUGCUGACUUCUUCCACUACAAAGGCAGCACUUACCUGGUAGCAGUGGACAGAUACUCUAACUGGCCAAUCGUCGAAAAGGCUCGUGAUGGCUCCGCCGGCCUAGUAGAAUGUCUGAGGCGCACCUUCUGCACCUUUGGCAUCCCUGAUGAGUGCGCAAGUGACGGUGGACCAGAAUUUGUCGCCAAUCCUACACAGCAGUUCCUCAAGGAGUGGGGAGUCCACCACCGCCUAUCCUCAGUAGCGUUUCCCCACUCCAACAGUAGAGCUGAAAUAGGAGUGAAAACCGUCAAGCGGCUCAUCACCAACAACACCGGCCCACAUGGUGAACUCAACACCAAUGCCUUCCAACAAGCGAUACUUCAAUACCGCAACACCCCAGACCCAAGCACCAAACUGUUACCAGCACAAUGCAUAUUCGGCAGACCAAUCAAGGAUUCAAUCCCGAUCCUCCCAGGGCACUAUAUCCCACACCCCACUUGGCGGGACACCCUUGCCCUCAGAGAAGAAGCUUUAAGGAACAGACACAUGAGGGCAGCAGAGAGAUGGUCACAACAUACAAAGAGACUUCCCCCUCUUGCCAUAGGACACCACGUGAGGAUCCAGAACCAGACAGGCCCCAAUCCAACACGAUGGGACAAGACAGGCAUUGUCAUUGAGGUACGGCAAUUUGACCAAUACGUUGUGCGUGUCGACGGCUCCGGAAGGAUAACUCUCCGUAACCGGAAAUUCUUACGGAAAUACAUCCCUGUCCAAGCACCACAGCCACCACGGAUACUCAACGAUGACCUCAAAUUCAUCAGCCGAGCAACCCAAGCAAGACCGAAAGAAAGCCUAACCAAACUCCCAAAAGGCACAGCAACAACAAGCCCCACUGGAAUUUCCGUCGAAACACCCACACGACCUAGCCCCCCGCUCACGAGAGACACUGGGCCAGGAACUGGGACAACAGGCAGUGAUACACCAACCAGACCACCAGAAACUGAGCCAGGAUCAGCGGAAGCAUCCGAACCAGUAAGCCCAGCCAAACCCCCAUUCAACCCCCCACUUGAGAAGAAGAUACCCUUAGCCCUAAGGAGGCUACAGGACUACAACAAGAAAGGACUACUUGAACAAUGA